AUGGUUAUUGACGAGCUGUUGGUGGGAACUGGCCGCCUCACUGAUGUCGUUCCCGCCAACGGGGCCGCAUCCACAAUCGUCGGCCCGCAGCGACCCGCAGCGAUGGAUGCCGCCGCCCCCCCGGCCCCUGCGGCUGACGCGCCGAUGCACGACCGGCCUCCGUCGGAUGGCUCUCCGGCCUCUCCGGCCGCUGACGCGGCCGCCCAUGCUGCUGCCGAUCCGGUCCCUCUCACGCUCAGCGAUAUCCGCACAAGCUACGACAACUUCGAGGUCGCCGGCUUUGGCCAGGCGCUCUCAUCAGCAAGUCACCCAGGCACCAACUCCUGGGCGUUUACGCUUGACUACGAAACCAUGCAGUGGAUGCAGCUCGAUCAAAACGGCGACGCCAACAGCUGGUCCCUGGGCGAGUUCCUCGCCCAGGAUGAGGUGCGAGUCAUGAUGCUCGACCCAGCGUGCACCAAGUCGCUCACAUUCCCCGCGGAGGACGAUGGCUCCCUCGACGACAUCCCUUCAUCGACGGACGCCUUCACCGCCGCCGGCCCUGGGCCAUCCAGCGCGGCCUCCGACGGCCUGCACGUGAUCGAGCGGGUACAGAAACGGUGGCUGCCGCAGCUCACACCCUAA